AUGGCCAACCUAUAUGAGGAUCCAGACUGGUCACAGAAGGACUUGGCGGGGCCAAUGGCAGCAAUGAGGGCACAAGUGAUCAAGAGCAAGCUUAGCAUCUUGACCCCUUCCCGGUUACAGUGGUAUCAGCAGGAAUUAAAGGAGCGGGCCAAGCACGGCCACCCUGCCUGCUUUACCAAUCUGUGGGCCCUGCUUAAUGAGGCCCUGCUGCAUGAUGAGCCCCAUGACUACACGCUAUCAGGUCAGCAGGAAGCCCUGGAGCAUGGCCAGAAUCCGAUGCCCAUCUACUGUGCCCUCAACACCAAGGAGAAGAACCUGAGUACCUUUGAGUUUGGAGAAUGGGUGGAGUUCUCCCCAUAUGAGGUUGGCUUUCCCAAGUAUGGGGCCUUUGUCCCUUCUGAGCUCUUCGGCUCCCAGUUCUUCAUGGGACGACUGAUGAAGCGAUUACCUGAGUCCCGGAUCUGCUUCUUGGAAGGCAUCUGGAGCAACCUCUAUGCAGCUAAUCUCCAAGACAGCCUGUACUGGUCCUCAGAGCCUGACCAAUUCUGGGAUCGCUGGGCUCAGGAUCAAGUCACCCUGGAGAAGGAGGACAUCCCUUUACUGAAGAUGGAAGAGCCACCCUCAAUGACAAGCAGGAUUGCUAAAUUUUUUACGGACCUUUUAACCCGGCGCCCCAUGGCCGGGGCCACUCACAACUUCCUGCACGGCCUUCACUUUCAUCGGGACUACUUUAAGCACCCCCAUUUCUCUGCCUGGAAAGGCACCAAGCUUGAUGGGCAUCCUCACCAGCUGACCCCUGUGGAGCCUUAUCUGUGCCUGCUGGACGUGGGCUACUUUAUCAACACCAGCUGCCCUCCCCUGCUGAUGCCGACCCGAGAAGUGGAUCUCAUCCUGUCAUUAGACUACAACCUCCAUGGGGCCUUUCAG